GGCAGCGUCAGUAUUGCUCACCUGUCGAAAGGCCAGUCAAAAGACUACGUAGUUUUAUAAAGUGUACAAUUCUUAUCUACAUGUAUAUGUAAUAGAGAUUUAAUGUGACCGACUAUCUUAAUGAUAAACAGGCUACACUUGUACGAUAUACCCGAAAAUUAGUAUGCGGAUCAUUUUACGUUCUGCGAACUUAAGAAUCCGUACUUGAUGAAGAAAGAUCUAAAUGGAAAACCAUUGAAUGGAUAUUUCCACAAUCCAUUAAUCGAAACCUUGAUAGUGAACUUAAUCAACAAGCUACGUUGAAUGAAAUUGCGCGUGUUAAAGCACGAAAAAUUAAUCAUAUUUAAGAUUUAAAACAAAGAAGGCGUAAAUACUAGAGAAGAAAAUGUUGAAGCGUAAAUACAGCGAGCGGGAAGAUGAAAGAGCGCCAGCAAAGAAUUCAUUAGAUUCGGAUGAAGAAGAUGAUGCUGCCGAAGAUAAUUAUAACAUUAUGAAUGAGGAUGAGUUUGAAGGCGAAGAAGAUGGUCCGACAGCUCCAGAAACAAAUGUGGGUUUCACAGCAUUUAACAUGAAGGAAGAGCUAGAGGAAGGCCACUUUGAUAAAGAGGGUCAUUAUCUUUGGAACAAGGAGAAAGAAAUAAGAGAUAAUUGGUUAGACAACAUCGAUUGGAUGCAGAUCAAACCGAGUUCCACAGCAAGUGUAAAGAAGGAAAACAAAAGCAGUGGAUUGGCUGAUAGCGAUAGCGACGAUGGUCCUGAUAUUUUGUUCAAUCCCGUUCAUCUGUAUAAACAAAUUUUGGAAUACUUGAAGCCUGGGGAAACAGUAUCGAAGGCCUUGUGUCGACUCGGCAAAGGGAAAAAGAGAUUAACCACCGCGGAAAGAUGGAAGAAGAAAAAGGAAAAGAAGGAGGUGGAGGAUGACGAAAAUUCUGUGAGCAUAACGAAAUUAACAGAACUAGCGAACGAGUUGUUAACUCGUACCGGAAACAUGGAUAUAUAUCAAGAAAGCUACGAACAAAUCAAGAGAAAGGUCGAGAGGUCCGAGAAACAUGCCCAUCCUUCGAAACAGGAGGCUGAGUUAGAUAUGUACGCCGACGAUUUCGACGAGAAAGAGAAGGCGAAGUUGGACGACGGUGAAAACAGCGUCAGAGGUCCAGCGAACUCUAAGAAAGAUGACACGCGAGAAGACGAGGAAGAAGACGACGAGGUGACGUGGGAAUUGAAAUGGUCGCAGGACGAAAACGCGGAAAUCCAUGGACCCCAUACGAGUCAGCAGAUGCACGCGUGGGCCAAAGAAGGAUAUUUCAAGGGCGGAGCGUGGGUACGACGAACAGGACAGAGCAAUCAAUUCUACAACGCCGCGAGAAUGGAUUUUGAACUUUAUCUGUGAUAUACUUUCAUUAGUCCCGUGUUGUUAAUCGAAAAAAAAGUAAUAUUUUGACAAUAUCGUAGAGCUUGAUCAAACAACUGUAAUACUAUGGGUUCAACGAGUCGAGUCCCUAACUGUAAAUAAAUGCACGUGACAACCAUUUAGGUGAUGACACGGUCGGGAUUAGUCGAACAAAACCAGCAACGGGUGUCCGUUGCAUUGAUUACGUGCUUAGCACGUUGAUAUCUCGUUUAUCUGCACCGGCUCGACUCGCUGAAUAGACUAUUGUGAUCCAUUCGGCAUAAUUGAUAUUCGAUACGAUUGAAAGCACCAUCUAAUUCAAUAGAGAGAGAGAGAGAAUGACAGAGACAGAGAGAGAGAGAGAGAGAAAGAGAGUAUGAAACAUGUAUAAUACUGUAACAAAGUUUAAUGAAGAACCACUCGAUGAGUUACAACCAUGUAACAAGUGAAAAAAUCGUUCUCGUCUUUAUUUAAACUGAUGUAUCGUCAGUAUUAAAAAAUACUGAGUAACAAUUAAUUCGAAGUCGAGCACGCGAGAGAGAGAGAGAGAGGAAAGUGUCCAUUCUUGAUACAUAUCGCACGAAUAAAGGACUAUUCGUUUGGCAAA